CUCCGGUGAGUCGUUGCAAAGGGUUCCCCACACUAGAGAUCCUCUCCGUCCUGCACCACAAGAGCUACUUACCAGACACCCAAAACCAAGACUCCACAGAGACUGGUGUCCAGUUCUCGAGCAAACUCUUCGGGCCCACCGAAAUGGCACCGCUUAUCACCACAAAAGUUACCCUCCACAGGGGAAAGGUUCCACUUUUCGGUCCCUUUUACAAAAUUUUAGGGGCGGUAGGAGAGAGAUAGGUCCCUUCAACUCCUCGCACCAAACCCCGAUACGAGACCGGUCUUGUCUAUUUCUCACCAUCCCUUCUCUCCUCUCCACCAAACCUCACGCCCUCCCAGCGAAUAUAGAACAAAGGGAGAAGCAGAGGAGUGGAUAGGAGGUUGGGAGAGUCUUCCAUGAUGGAGUCGUUGAAUUCCCCGAGCGUCGAGAUCGUCGGGAUCACCGUCGCCGUUGUAGCCAUCGCUGCCGGCGCGGCCUACCUCUACCUCACCAAGAAACCCAAGGGUUGCCUGGACCCUGAAAACUUCAAGGAUUUCAGACUCGCGGAGAAAAAGCAGCUGUGUCAUAACGUGGCCAAGUUUCGAUUCGCUCUUCCUACACCUACUUCUGUGCUGGGUCUUCCUAUUGGACAGCAUAUCAGUUGCAGGGGAAAGGACAGUCUUGGUGAAGAAGUUAUUAAACCAUAUACACCAACUACUCUGGACUCUGAUCUUGGGUGCUUUGAACUUGUUAUAAAGAUGUAUCCUCAAGGAAGAAUGUCUCAUCAUUUCCGUGAAAUGCGAGUUGGAGAAUAUUUAUCUGUGAAGGGACCUAAGGGUCGUUUCAAAUACCGACCUGGGCAAGUCAGAGCAUUUGGAAUGAUAGCUGGAGGAUCUGGUAUAACUCCAAUGUUUCAGGUUACAAGAGCAAUACUGGAAAACCCAAAGGACGAAACAAAGGUUUAUCUUAUCUAUGCCAAUGUCACGUAUGAAGAUAUUCUGCUUAAGGAAGAACUUGACGGCCUUGCCAGCAACUACCCAACUCGCUUCAAAGUCUACUAUGUGUUAAAUCAGCCCCCCGAUCAAUGGAAUGGUGGUGUUGGUUUUGUUUCAAAGGAAAUGAUUCAAGCACAUUGUCCUGCACCAGCACCUGACAUCCAGGUUUUGAGAUGUGGCCCACCUCCCAUGAACAAGGCUAUGGCUGCACACCUGGAUGAUUUGGGAUACACAAAGGAGAUGCAGUUCCAAUUCUAAGCCUUUUUAGUUUGUUGAUUCUUGGCUCCGACCUCCUCAAGUAUUGAAGGGGACCGUAAUAAUUGUUUAACCUCAUCAUGAUAUUCUGUUUUUAUAGAAAUGCUUAUCUACAUUUUUGGUGCUUCAAUAUUCAUUAAAGAAACACAAACAUCAUUUGAACCACUAGUAAUUUUCUAAGCCUAUUGAAUUUUUGUUACCAUCCAAA